GAGUCAAGCAUAUGCUAAGAGCAUGAUUAAUAAGGUUUUUAGGGUGAGGUUCUAAAAAACCGCCUCUUAAUUUUUAACUAAAAAAAUAUUUCCUAAAAACUUCACUUUAAAAACUCCCAAUUAAUCAUGUUCUAAAGGACUCCAGAGCAUUUUGACUGUGUUUAGUAUUACUAUUAAUUUUUCUUUUACAUAUACAGUCUCCACUCAUUUUCAUUUCUAUUUCAUCUCAUGAAUCAUGAACAAUGAUAUAUCUAUUUUUCUUAAGUUUUUGAGCGAUACAUAUUACGUAUAUACUGUGAGUAAUUAAGUGUCUUCAAAUGCUGACACAAUGAAUUAUAAUGUUAUAUACCAUACCAUGCAACAAUCGCAAAAGCAAAGCAAGAAUAUGAAGCUGCCGAUGACUCAUGUGCGUCCGGCAAGAGAGACAAAAGAGUAGAAGAAAAAAGAAAGAAUAUUUUUUUUACUUACAAAAGAACUAAAGAAUAUUUGUCUUUGGCAAGUUGGUGUUAGCGGAAUCACAGUGUACUAUGCUAUACCGACAAUGCAUAUAUAUAUUUUCUCACCAAUAUUCAAUCAUCUAUGGAGAUAUAUGUUUACCAGAAUCAUUUUAGAUUAUUAAAUUGACAACUUCUCGAUACUAGCUUCAACCAUAUAUGCUGAUUUCAAUGUCCGCACAUCGUUUGCAAGUAUCUUCCUAGUUUUCUUACGAAAUUGGUUUGAAUACACAAAAUUAUAUAACUUAUUGUUUGAUUUCUCUUCCUUUGCUGUAAUCUAAUUUGUUUAUUUUAACAUGUACGGAAUCAUAAAUAUACAGUAUACAUUCAUGUAUUUUAUAGUGUAUUAUAUUACAAGCUUACAACGCAAUCAUUGUAACCAAAACAUAUCAAAGGUUCUUUUUUUCUCUCAGAGCAAAGGUAUUGUAGACUAGUGCGACAAUUGCAUGCAGCCGACUUGCCGGCAAAAUCUAGCUUGUUGCAAUAUUACUAAGAACAUCUUCAGUCGUCGUUUCUCUAAAAGUAGUUUAGUAACACUUUAAUAUAACUUGAUUAAGUAUUUAAAUUAAACUUAAAAAUAAAAAAAAUUGUACCACUCCAAAAAACAGUUGUUGUCAUAGUCUCUCAGUAUAUUUUUUUGCAAGUUUAACGUCUCUCAACAAUUUUAUUUUCUCUCCCACUUUCUGUUUUCUUACUAAUAUUAUGGGUGAAAAACUCUUGCAAUAACACUCCCUUAAUGCUUCCCUAAUGCGAUUAACUCCUCUCCCAAUCCAAAAUGCAAUCAUGCAUAUCGACAUAUCGUAUUAUUAUCUAUCUUUUGAUUGUUAACCCUAAAAUUAACGCGGGCUAGGCCAUGCAGAACACGCACUCACGCAUCUUUAUGACACUUUCACUAACGUUGUAAAUAUUAUUCACCAUUAAACCCACAAAAAGGUGAUAUUUAAUAGCUAUGUUUCGAAUCGUAUUCGAGAACACCUAAUCAGUAUUGUUAUGACUUAUGACGAAGUAUAUAAAAGAAAUAAAAAGAAUCCAAAGACUCACUCACGAACUUGCUAUAUAUAGCACAACAGAUUUCAAGCAUUUUACAAACUCAAAUCAAACAAAACAUACAUCGACCAAAAAAAGGCUAAAGCUUAAUUAACAAAACAUACAUCGAUCUCAUGGACAAGGUGAUGAGAAUGUCGUCAGAGAAAGGAGUGGUGAUCUUCACGAAGAGCUCAUGUUGUCUCUGCUACGCCGUUCAGAUCCUGUUCCGUGACCUUAGGGUUCAACCAACGAUCCACGAGAUCGACAACGAUCCAGACUGCCGCGAAAUCGAGACGGCUCUCCUCCGUAUCGGCUGUUCCACGGCGGUGCCAGCUGUCUUCGUAGGUGGCAAGCUCGUUGGUUCCACCAAUGAAGUCAUGUCACUUCACCUUAGUGGUUCUCUCGUCCCCUUGAUCAAGCCCUAUCAGUCCCUCCUUUACCAGGCCAAUUGAACCAACUCGAUCGAGAUCCUUCAUAUAAUUAAUCUUAAUAUUAGCUCGCUUGUGACAAUAACAAUUCUUAUAGCUAGAGUGUGAGCUCGACGCAUACUAGCUACUAGAUAGAAAUUCGGAUGAGUUCUUCUUCUGAUAUUUUAUCAUAUGUAUCUUCUGUUCUAUUGUUUAGCAUCUUUCGUGUUUCACUCUACUUAAUCAACUGGUGUAUGUUGAUGUACGUGUAUAAGUCUCUGUUUAAUUAUGCUAAUGAAAAGAGUGUUCAAUAUAUGUUUAUUUUCUUUCU